CGAGAGACGGCAGUCUUCGUCAGUCCGUCCGCAAUCGCGAUCACAGUGGUGUGCACUGACCGGGUGCCACUCCAUCUCCCAUCAGCUCUCAGCUAUGUCGUGUGUCUGUGACUCGUGUCAAUCGUGUUGUGAAUCCGUGUCGUGCCAGUGACCACUACAUUUAUUGCAUUCUGACCAUCAUCCAGAAUCGAGAAGUAGGCUGCUUCAAAAUCGGACGAUGCAUAUUUCUUAACAAUGACUGCAUAAAGUAGGCCAAUAGGUCUAGCCCAAAGCAGGGUUGAUUACAACUCGUCUCCAUGACCCGAGGAUAAGACCCCAUUUUCUUGGUCCAGUCUUUUGAAAACGUGAGAAAGAAUGGCAUCAAUAGAUGGACGGCCUGCCAAGUAUGGGAUCUCCCUCAAACAGCUGCGGGAGCUCAUGGAGCACCGCGGCCGUGAGGGAAUUGCCAAAGUCACCGAACACGGUGGCGUGCAAGAAAUUUGUAAAAAGCUUUACACAUCCCCCAGCGAAGGAUUAUGUGGCUCCCAAGCAGACAUGGAGCACAGAAGAGAAACAUUUGGUUCGAAUACAAUUCCACCUAAACCUCCUAAAACGUUUAUGCAGUUAGUAUGGGAAGCUCUUCAAGAUGUUACACUAAUAAUUUUGGAAAUCGCUGCCCUAGUAUCUUUAGGUCUUUCAUUCUAUCAACCCGCGGAUGAGGAAGGAUCAUUUGUGGUAGAUGAAGAUGAAUCGAAACACGGAUGGAUCGAGGGUCUAGCUAUCUUAAUAUCUGUGAUUGUUGUUGUCAUAGUGACAGCAUUCAACGACUACACUAAGGAACGACAAUUUCGUGGUCUUCAAAGCCGAAUCGAAGGAGAACAUAAAUUUUCUGUCAUCAGGCAAGCGGAAGUGAAGCAAAUAUCAGUGGGUGAUAUUGUGGUCGGCGAUAUUUGUCAGAUCAAGUACGGUGAUCUAUUACCAGCUGACGGUAUUCUAAUACAAAGCAAUGAUUUGAAAAUAGAUGAAUCCUCGUUGACUGGAGAAUCUGAUCAUGUCAAAAAAGGAGAAAGUUUUGACCCUAUGGUGUUGUCAGGUACACAUGUUAUGGAAGGAAGCGGGAAGAUGCUUGUCACGGCCGUCGGAGUCAAUUCACAGGCAGGAAUCAUCUUCACACUGCUGGGAGCAGCCGUCGAUGAGCACGAAGCUGAAAUAAAACAGAAGAGGAAAGAAGCUAAAAAGCAGCGCAAGAAGAACAGUUCUACAGGGGCAGGAGCUCAAGCGGCAGCUGCUAGCACGGAAAACCAUGCGACAAUUUCGGCGACUGACGGAGCGGCUGCAGCUGAAGCAGCGGCUGAAACCGGAGCAUCCGGUGGAGAAGGAGGAGGAGGAAGUGGAGGAGGAGGCGACGACCAUAAAAAGGAGAAAUCUGUACUUCAAGCCAAGUUGACGAAACUCGCUAUUCAAAUUGGUUAUGCAGGAUCAACAAUCGCCGUUCUCACUGUUGUUAUUUUGGUUAUUCAAUUUUGUGUAAGGACAUUCGUUAUAGACCAGAAGCCAUGGUCGAAUAGGUACGCCAAUGAAUUCGUUCGCCAUUUAAUCAUUGGUGUGACCGUACUCGUAGUUGCUGUUCCAGAAGGCUUGCCACUUGCCGUCACGUUAUCUCUUGCCUAUUCUGUAAAAAAAAUGAUGAAAGACAACAACCUUGUAAGACAUCUUGAUGCUUGCGAAACGAUGGGAAACGCCACUGCCAUUUGUUCCGACAAAACUGGAACAUUGACCACUAAUAGGAUGACUGUUGUGCAGUCGUAUAUUUGUGAAGUACUUUGCAAAACUACUCCAAGGUUUGCUAACAUUCCUCCGAAUGUUGGUAACCUGCUUAUCCAGGCUAUCUCUAUUAAUUCCGCUUAUACGUCACGUGUUAUGGCUCCAGAAGAAGCAUCCGAGCUUCCAAAGCAAGUAGGUAAUAAGACAGAGUGCGCGCUGCUUGGGUUUGUACAAGGCCUAGGAAAGAACUACCAGACAAUCCGAGAUGAUAUGCCCGAAGAAAUGUUCACUCGCGUCUACACGUUCAACUCCGUGCGAAAAUCGAUGAGUACCGUGGUUCCUCGACAGGGUGGCGGAUACCGACUAUUUACCAAGGGUGCCUCAGAAAUUGUUCUAAAGAAAUGUGCGUUCAUUUACGGUCGUGAUGGACAUUUGGAGAAGUUCACAAGAGAGAUGCAAGAUCGAUUAGUACGAAACGUUAUCGAACCGAUGGCCUGUGAUGGACUGCGAACAAUAUCGAUCGCUUAUCGAGACUUUGUUCCCGGCAAGGCUGAGAUCAACCAAGUGCACAUCGAUGCUGAACCCAACUGGGAUGAUGAAGAGUACAUUGUCAACAAUCUUACUGGAAUUUGCGUUGUAGGAAUUGAGGAUCCCGUCAGGCCCGAGGUACCUGACGCCAUCAGGAAGUGUCAACGAGCUGGUAUUACGGUUAGAAUGGUAACAGGUGAUAAUAUCAACACUGCCAGAUCUAUUGCUUCGAAAUGUGGAAUCCUUCGACCGGGAGAUGAUUAUCUGAUUCUUGAAGGGAAAGAGUUCAAUCGCCGAAUUAGGGAUGCUAAUGGAGAGGUUCAACAACAUCUACUGGACAAGGUUUGGCCGAAACUGCGCGUACUGGCUCGUUCAUCACCCACGGACAAGUACACUCUCGUCAAAGGUAUUAUCGACAGUAAAGUGAGCGAAAGCAGGGAAGUUGUAGCUGUGACUGGUGAUGGAACAAACGACGGCCCUGCUCUCAAGAAGGCUGAUGUAGGAUUUGCCAUGGGUAUCGCUGGAACAGAUGUAGCUAAGGAAGCGUCAGACAUUAUUCUAACGGACGAUAACUUUAGCAGUAUAGUGAAAGCUGUGAUGUGGGGAAGAAACGUGUACGACAGUAUUGCCAAGUUUCUCCAGUUCCAAUUGACUGUCAAUGUUGUUGCUGUGAUUGUUGCUUUCAUUGGUGCUUGUGCGGUGCAGGACAGUCCCUUGAAGGCCGUUCAAAUGUUAUGGGUAAAUCUUAUUAUGGAUACGCUGGCUUCACUUGCAUUGGCUACUGAAAUGCCUACUCCUGACUUACUGUUGAGAAAGCCAUACGGUCGCACAAAACCUCUAAUCUCCAGGACAAUGAUGAAAAAUAUUUUAGGACAGGCUAUUUAUCAAUUAGGAGUUGUGUUCACUCUUCUUUUUGUUGGUGACCGACUGCUCGACAUACCCACAGGUCGAGGAAACACCUCGUUUGAGCCGACUGAACAUUUUACCAUUAUUUUCAAUACUUUUGUUAUGAUGACAUUGUUCAAUGAAAUAAACGCGAGAAAAAUCCAUGGCCAGAGAAAUGUGUUUGAAGGAUUCUUCACCAACCCGAUCUUCUAUACCAUUUGGAUUGGAACUGCUCUGUCACAGGUUGUGAUUGUGGAGAUGGGACGAGAAGCGUUUUCGACCAAAGGACUUUCAUUGGAGCAGUGGCUAUGGUGCUUAUUCUUUGGUAUUGGAACCCUGCUCUGGGGUCAAAUUGUCACUACUGUUCCUACUAGAAAAAUACCGAAAAUUUUAUCAUGGGGAAGAGGUCACCCAGAAGAGUACACAGAGGCUAUUAAUCUUGGAGAGGAAAAGUUUGAUCCUGAGAAUGCUGAUAAGAAACCUCGAGCUGGUCAAAUUCUAUGGAUUCGUGGAUUAACUCGCCUACAAACCCAGCUGCGAGUUAUCAGAGCUUUCAAGUCGACCCUGGAGGACUUGGAGGAACGCCGCUCCAUCCAUAGCUUGCACAGUUUGCACAGUUUGCGCAGCUCCCGGAGUCGACCCCUGUCCGACAUCACUUAUAUAGACGAGGACCCCAUCAAAACACCAUCUGCCAAUGCCAAUGCCAAUAAUACCUCGUUAGCACCUCCCAAGAUGGUCUCAGCCGCCGAUGAUCCCCACCGUCCCACCACUCCCAAACACUUGCCUGAUCUCACUAAAAUCGCUCAUGAAACGAGCAUCUAAACCCUUAACCCCUGCUCAACCCUCCUCCUUUCCUCUCCUUCCCUCGCUCGUGUGUGUGUGUGUGUCUCUCUCUACAUUGACUCAUGCUUUUCUCUAAAGCUCCCCUCAGGUGUCAAAUGGUACCACAUACAGGGAUUUUACUUAAUGUUGAAUCACCGAAGGUAACUGUGACAACUGAACCUGUUUAAUUAUUAUCUAUUACUAUUACUCUUUAUGUAAUAUCAAUAAUGUACUUACACGUGAUUAUAAUAUACACUGCAUGACAAAUUUAUCUUAUCGAAUGAUAUUCAAUUUUUCUGUUUGUUUAAGCCCGUCGAUUUUUCUUUAUAAUAUAUAUAAAUAUAGGCUACUGAUGUACUUUUGUAAAUACUAUUUUCAUACUACUGUUGUUGUUUGUUGUUGUUGAUGUUGUUGUUGAAACAAGUUGAACAUUGUUGAUUUUAAAAUCGAUUACUAAUUUCCUAGUAUUCAAUAAUAGUAGUACUUUUCUCCAUCAAUUGCUUUCCCAGAAGUGAGAAUUGCAUUUUCAAAUUCAAUAUUCAUCACUCGAUAAAACUUCAAUUCAUACGUUUUUCAUAUCGAUGUUUGACAAGUAAACGAUCUUCUCCUAUGUAGAUUUAUGUAAAGCUUGCUUCAAAAAAACUUUCACAGUGCAUUUCAGUUGAAUAAAUUAUAAUACUUUUCUAGUAGACUCUCACUCAAUCUUUGUUGGAUGAGAAUAUGAAUAAUUCAAUAUCUUUCUAUCACAAGUCGAAAUAAUCGAUUGUGGUUGUAUAUAAACAUCUUGUACGAAUAAGGAUAGCCAUUAUCUCAUCUUAUUCAACACACUUCAACUUAUAUAGUGGGCUAGUAGUUCUGCUCAAAAACAACUUAACAUUUAUUGUUAGUAAUUCCCUUCAAUUUAAUUGAUUAAGCUAGAAUAUUUAUGCUUUCUGUAACCUGUUUUAUCUUUUGAGCAGAUCUACUUGCUCAAAUUAAGUCAACAGUGGUACAUAGAGGACUAUCAUUCCAAGGCUGUUGAAACUUAGUACUUCAAUUUGAUGGAUCAGCCAAAAAUUAAAAAAUAUUUUUUAAUUUGCUAUCGCUUGAAAAAUUAGAAUGUCACAAUUAUGAGAGUGAAAUUUCGCAAUUCAUAAAGCGAAUAAUUGUUUUUUUAAACCUUUUUUUCGAGUCGCAUCAAAUUGAAUGAGCUGGUAGGUUGCAAGGAACUAUUGUUGAGUGUUAUUAUAAUUUUAUGAUUGUUCUAGUUUGGAAACUUUCAGACUUCUAUUACUGGGAUAUAUUUGUUGGAAUAUUAGAUUCUCAGAGGAAACUCGUCACUCAAGGUUGUCUGAGGAGAGCAUGUAAGUAUUUGUGCUCCUAAAUAAUAGAAUAAAAUAAUUCUAUCGAGGUGUUGAUUUCAUGAAAGUUAGGAUUCAUUGAAUUACUUUCAAAGUGAUUAAUAUUCUUAUAAAAUAAUUUAUGAAAAAUGAUACUUUGUUUACACUUGGCAACAGCCUCGUGAUAAUGGUAAUCGUCUGUGUACCACGUUGUGCAUGUAAAUAUAAAAUAUUUUUUCUAAUGCUAUUCCUAUUUUUGUUGUUCAUAAAUAUUUAUUACUGAUAUAAAAGCUAGUUUAAGGCACACCCUAAAAUUCUCUAUCUUUCUGGCAUCAAAUGCUUAUGUCGAUAUUUUUAAACAUGUGCUGUGUGUUGUUUUAAUCAGUACACCUAAGUGCUCUGCUAUACUCGUAAAUUAUUUCAGCCUAAAUGAGGAAACUGUUGCAUCGAAAAUCUAAGAUUAACAUUUUGAAUAAUGAACUGUUUUUUAAAUUGAAUAGGACAAACGGAAAAAUCGUAUUUCUGUUCAUUGAAACUAGCUAUUGGUUAACGCAAGUCAGUAUGAGUCUUCCAAUCAAUAUUUAAUUUCAGAUAAACCCUGCUCAGUCAUAUUCUUCAUAAAUAUAAAUUGAUUAUUCCAAAAUGGCUCAUUGCUGACGAUACUCGAAUCGUGAAUUUUAAUUUAACAUGUUGUAAGCAUCAAGACAAUCUGCAUAUUUUAAAUUUUUUGAGUUCACUUUUCUAGUCAGUAUUAUGAAUUUCUGUUAUUAUAUGGUUGAGAAAUUAAGAUAUUCUUAAAAUGUGUAGUAAUUGGAAAUAUUUUACGGCAGAUAGUACUUUUUCUAAAUAAACUUCUAGAUAGUAAAUUAAGGUUAAACCAUUUUUCUAAUGCCAUUGAUAGAACUUACUGGGUGAUAAACUUGAUAAAAGAAUUCAAUUAUUAUUCAUUCUCCUCUCAUAGAUUAUAAUUUAUUGAAUUGUACUGAUUGUAAUAAUUCUAUGAUGAUCGUAAUUAUUAUAAACCCUGAAUAAUCGUAUCAUUCUUGAUAAAUCACAUUCCAAGUCCUGAACUGAUAGUUGUUCUAAUUUUAUAAAAUUUUCUUCGUCUUCCCAUUUAAUUAAUAAUUUUUUUGUUUGAAGUUUGCGUGUAAAAUUAAAACUACACACUUGUCCUCUCGUACUUUAUAAUGAAUGUUUAUUUGUGUAACUUUUGUAAAUCGUGCAGCUCAUCUUAUUCGAUUAAUCAAUUAAAUUGCUUUCUCAUUCCAGACCAUAGUAGUUAUUUUAAUCACCCAUAUACAAUUAAUAAUCACUCCAAGUGUGCGUAUCAACAUGGGGAGCUGCAAGUCAUGUGUUUUUGCUCAGUUGAUUUCACAUUACAUGGUAUUUUCAGAUCAGCAUUUCAAUGUAUUUGAAGACAUUUUAUGACAUAUUUUUAAGACAUUUCAAUGUCAAUUCAGUUAAUUUCGUAAUUCGUAGUGGUUGAAGGAGUGAAUCGAAUUUGAAUCGGUCACACAACAGAAGUUAUUUGUGUGAACCUCCAGAUAAAUAACCCUGAAAAACGUUCAAUCUAUCAUUAAAUCUAGUUUGUUAUUAAGACGUAGAACUAAUCAAUCAAUUUGACUCAAGGCUCAUUAAUUUAAGGUACCAAUAUACAAUUUAGUAUUGAUAAAUAAUAUUUAAAAAACAAAUAUUUUUUUAGAUUUCAAAGAAUUGAUUAUUCAAAUUCUCUACAUACUUCGUGUAAGAAAACAUCUCUACAUUCCAUAAAAUAGGAAAUGAUUGCAUCAAUUAAGGCGUAGAAAUCGUGAUACAUAUAUUUAAAAUCAGAAAUUUUAAGAAUUUUUUCACUACUUCAAUUAUUGUUAUUGAAUUUUCUAGCCAUUAUGGAAUAAUUUGAGAAAUCGUUAGUGAGUGCCGAGUCUGAAUUCAAUGGAGAAAUUAUUUGUAACUAUUCAACUUGUUGAGGUAAUCAACUAGCGGCAUUGAAUUCUAAUCUUUUUUACUACUUUGCAUCCUCUUCUUUUACUAUGGUUUUUAGUACUACUGUAUUUAUGAUGUAAUUCUUUGUCAAUUUUAUCAUUGUUUGAUAUUGAGAGCUAUUUUCCAUUAUUGUGUGAAGGAUACUUGAAAUGUAUAUAAACUAAUAUUAAUAGUAAAAAUAUUAAUAGAAGUCUAUUAUUUCUCCGGUGUAACGCCCUAGUCGUCUCGGUUAUCCUGGCCUGUCCUCGACUAUCCUGAAUUUUAAAUAUUAUUUGUAAUAUUCCGAUUCCUAUAAAAUACUAUAAAUAUGUAGAAUUCCAUGAGAAACAUUGGUGACAGUAAUUCAAAUUCAAUUUAUUUACAACCAACAAUACAAAAAAAAAUGUAAACAAGACAAAGUCAGAAUAUUAUACAUAGUCACAGUAACAAAGAUCUGUGGAAUUUGAUUGAGUUCGAAUAAUAUUUAUGAUUUUUCAAUAAGUAUGUUCCCUCUAAUAUUCUAAAGAAUAAUGCUAUUCAAUAGACGAAAAUUUGAUCCUGCAAUUGUAUUCACUUUUUCAAUAAUUUUCUAAAUGUGAAGCAUCUCGUGUUAUCUGUUAAAAAACAAUAUUUUGAUAGUUAUAAUAUGUGAUUGAUUAAUCAAUCACAAAUGCUCAGUGGAAGCUGUGCACUUGAUGAUUUAUCACAAAUUACUUUUUGCUCCAUAGAAUGAUAAUUGAGUUUAAUUAUUCUAAAUAACUUUUCAAUUGAUAAAAUUCUACACAGCCCUGUUGAAAUUGUUUUGCACUUUCUUCAGAAUUUCAUAGCAUUUUUCAAAUUAUUCGUGGGCUCAACUUUUGCUCUCAUUGACACUUGCUUUGAAUGAUCGAAUCUCAUAAAUACUGUUCCAUAAUUCAAAUUCAAAUUGAGUUUUAUUCACAAAAUCAUAACAAAUGCAGUAGGCCUACAUGAAUAAAUAAUAAAAAACAUCUGAGUAUAAAAAACAAACAUUUUUAAUAAUCAUUCAAUUGUUAUUAAUAAGUCCUAACUCCGCCUAAUAAAGAUUUUUUUCAUUUCAUUUUAAUUACUAAUUAUAAAAAUAUUCAGUCUGAGUGAAUGUCUUCCAAUAAUUUACUUCAUUUCAGGCGGAUUAAUAUAGUUUAUUAUUCUAGAUUUUAUUAGAAAUCGGUAGUUAUACUUACCUAUCCCUAUCUUAAAUUGUUUUAAUACAAAUUUGAGAGAAAAAAAGUCAUGGGUUUGUCUCUCUCAAUUAUUUCAACAAUAAAUUGUUUUUCAAAUGUAUUAUGAAUAAAUGAAAAUAAAAGAUGAUCAACCCUUUAACCCUUAAAGUUUCAAGCUUUGGAGAAAUAAAUGAUUAUCCUGUAAAUCAUCCAAUAAAAAUAUAAGUCCAAUAGUCUGCCUUCCAUAAACCUGUGUUUCAGCUUAUGAAUUUGUACAAAUAAACAAAAUUAGGGAGUCCGAUCUCACUAGUCGUCAAGUCUGCAGAACCGGUUGAAAUCAAUCUGAAACAUGUAUUAAAUUUAAAGAAUGUAGCCUUGCAUUAUAAAAUUUGAUAAUUUAAUGUGAUAAGUUACAAUGGGCCAUUGAAUUCAGUAUUUUAAUAGGGCUACAUGAAUUGUUUAAUUAUUAUACAAAUUACUAGUACCCUCUCAAUAAUGUUUUACAAUAUAAAAUAAAACACUUGGCAUAAGUGCUCGAAACUAGUUCUGUUUAUUUAAACAAGUAUAAAGAGGAUACUAGAAAUUUCUAUAAUUAAAAAAAGUUAAUUUGUCAUGUUGCAUUGCAUAUUAUUAAUUUUAUGUAAAUUAUUCAAUGUUGGGCAGCUUUUGCUACAACUAUCAAAUUUAUCAUCAUUGAAUGAGUUUAUUCAUUUAUUCAUUUUAUUCAAGUUAGCAGAUUAGCAUAUCCAAACAGCUUAUUCUCACCUACCAAUCAGCUCCGCUACAUAAUAUCACUUGGCAAACUUCUGCGUUAUUGGUAUUACAAGCAUAUGAGCAUUACUUAUCAGCCUACCCUCGUAAAUUAUCAAUUUAAAGCGUUCGUUUCAUUAGUUUUUUAACUCUACCUCAGUUUCUACUUGUCUUUUUUUGUGAUUAACUUCUUUCAAUACAAGGGGCAUAUAGAAAGUAAGAUUGCAGUUUUUUCUUAUGUUAGUUAUUUUUUAUUGUAAUAAAAAAGUACACCUUUUGAAAGCUUGUGCUUUUAAUUAUUUUUCCACUACAAAACCAGAUUUUUCUACGCAUUUCCUUGACACGUUUAUUGCUUCUGAAAAACUACGCCGACAUGAAUUUUACAUGGCACCUACCGCGGAUACACCUUUUGAUAGCUAAGUUUCUUGGACAAAAUGUUUCCGAUGAUUUUUCACAAACCUUAGGAUCCUGUUCAGCAAUUCUCGAAGCAUAACUCUUCGAUCUUUGUCUAGAAAACACUUGGUGCCGGUUGCGCAAAAGCCGGUUACAUUUUAAUUGUGAUUAAUUCCACGAGAACCAACCAGAGAAGCCGUCUUAUCAAAAAGGCCUUCUCUGAUUGGUUCUUGUAAAAUUAACCACGGUUAAAAUUCAACCGGCUUUUGUGCAGCCGGGCCUCAAUCUUUAUUACCUUCCUAUGACCAGGAUCCUGGAUUGGCAGUGUCACAUCAGGGUAGUGUCAUUUCAAGUCCUCCAAUGAGCUUCCCAUGAAUCCACAAGUUUGUUAAACACCCAUAGUCAAGAUGUGUGUGUGUGAGUGUUUUGUCCUGAAGGAUCCUGAGAUUAGUGAAAAACCAUCGUCAACAUUGUAUCCUAAAAAAUUGAUUAUAACAUGGUAUGUUCGCGAGGGUCCCAUAUAAAGUUCAUUGGUGACAUGAUGGAGUUCUUUACAGCAGGUAUUCAGAAGUGGAUAACUAGUCAGAAAUUUCUGGACUGUAGAAAAAACUCAGUUGAAAGUGCAAGCUUUCUGAUGGUAUAUUUAUUUAAUACUAGCUUACCCGGCGAACUUCGUACCGCCAAAAAGGCAAUGUAUCUCUUUAUUUGGUGAAUCAAUGUAUCUCUUUAUGACUUUAUUUGGUGAAUCAUGAAAUUUAUCUGACAAUCAAUAUUUUCAUUUACAUCUCAAUACGGACUUCCUCUGUGCUUUUAAUACCGUUUUAAUACCAGUAAACAAUUUUAUCACAGAGUGACGUGUUUAUUACAGCUGGUAAGUUUAGAUGCUAAAUCAUAUUAUCAGAACAUGAUCUUGAAUCAUGAUAAUCUUCCCGUUCUACGUUAGCCGCUCGGCCGACAAUUUCGAAAACAUAGGUCUGUAAAAUGGAUGAAUAUAUAAUUAUUUUUAGCCCCCCUAUUAAAAUUUCUGGCCAGAAACCAUCCCCAAUAUUCACACAAUAUAUUCCCAAAGUUUCAUGCCGUUCUAUCUGUCAAGUAGCUUUCGAGUACAUAGGGAACAAACAAACAGACAUUCAUUUAUAAAUAGAUUUCUUUAUUUCAAUAAAAUAAAACACACAUGGAAAAAUAUGACAACCUUACUUUUUACAUGCCUCUCGUAUCACCAAUGUUUGUAAGGUUCCAUAUCGUUGAUACUUUUAUGGUGGGAAUUACUAAUUCGUUAUAAAAGCUAUUUAUUUUGUAUAUAAAUGGUUGUCAAGUCCAAUAAAUAUUUUUCUUCGAUUGACUACAAUCGUGUUCCACCUUUUCUCCUUUGUUUGAGGGAAGCUAAUAUUUAUUAUUCAUUCAUUCAUUUAUUAAACCACCAUAUUUGACCAUGAAAACACUAAUGCAUUACGACUUAACUUGAAUAUUUUUUCAUCUGUAAUAUUCUAAGUAAACCAAAGAUAGCUCAUUUUUCCUAUAAUGCUUCUAAGCCAUAAAGGUUUUUUGAACACUUCCAUUACUGUAAAUUUUAAUGAUUUCUAUAGCAUUGUGCUAUUUGCAGUCCAAAUCUGAUGUGGAUCAGAUCCAAAAUCUGUUUUGGAGACCUUUGUUUUCAAGAAUCUAUUCUGUUAUAGUGCCCAUAACGUUGCAUCAUUCUUAAAUCGAAAUAUCAAAAGCCAUGAUAGGUUCAUUUUUUUCAAAAUUCUUCUGUUGAAUUCAUCAAAUCAAAUGCAUUAAUCUUCAUACUGUUGACUAGUUAUUUGAAUAAGUGAAUUUGAGGACUUCCGUCGUCUAGUAUUUUUUCUUCCUCUGUAUCUUGAUGUCUCUAUUUCUUAACAUAACAGGGGAAUAUCUGUUUACUAUUUUGCCUCUCGUUAUUUAUAUUAUGUAAAUAUAUAUAUCUAAAACCUUUAUAUUCCAAUGACAUAGGUCACUAGUAAUAGACUAGGUUUUUUUUAAAUAAGAUUCGAUCAAGUAUCUUAAGUAAAUUUCAUUAUUUAUGAACUUAAUUGUAAUUUUCAAUACUAGCUAUUAGCUAGUAUUAUAUAGUGCUAGUGCUCGUUAUAAUUUCUAUUUGUUGAGAGAAUAUAAUUAGAUAAUAAUCUCGAUAAAUACAAUUUAAAUAAUGUUUUCUCAAUUGAAUCCUCCUAUUGGUCGUUUUCUCUCAAUGUCCCUUAUUUAGAAUUGAUUGUCUAUAGAAUAUUGCAAUAGUUUAGAAUCUUGCGAUUUUUACUGUACGGGUAAAUUAUACUCUGUUCUAUUUACCUUCUUGAUGUAUUCGAAAUGUAUUUUAUGAAAUUCCAUUUAUUUACCUAACAAUACAGGAUGGAUAUACUCGAAUUGAAACCCAUUUCAAUUUUCCACGAUUCAUUCGGUAAACUAUAAAUGGGAACAGAUUUGGUGGUAUAUUCAAUUACAACAAUCAAAUUAUCAAUGAUAAAUAACCAUCAAUGGCUUUUACCAUUAUUAUUGGUUAAUAAUAAUGGAAAUUUUAUGUCAAGUACAUUAAUCGAUAUAAGUGCAGUAAUCUCUAAAUAACUUGAUAUUUUAUCGAUGUGUUAGUCUCUUAUUUUUAUAAUUAUUGCGUUUAAUAACAAAUAGGCUUCAAAUGGUUCUUAAAUAGCAACGUGAAUUGAUGGAGCUAACCAGAACUGGUUGGGAGCUAACAGGGUACUUUGAAUAGAAAUAAAUGUACUUACUAUAACUUUAUAUUAGUUGAUAAUACUGAUUAAGACAUAGUGAAUGUCGUUUAGGCAUAUCAGUCUUUUAUAACUAGCUCUAGCUCUUCCAACCUACGCUGGUUCAACUCCCUUAUAAUACGAUAGAUAUACAUAAAUAUUCAUUCCACUUUUAUAAUAUUUUCGUAUAUUAUACUGUACGGUGUUUCUGUUAUCACUAAUAUAAUGCGAUUUAUGAAGUUUCUAAAUUUAUAAAUAUCAGUAGUGUCAAACUUGAGUAACUCGUGUGUAUUUUAUUUGAGAUUAAUUUAUUCUACGGUCUGAUUGAUUAUUGAUAGUUACAGUGUUUACUUGUUGCUUAUCUCUCUAAUUGUAAGUUAAUUCUAUUUAUACAAAUUAAGAGUUCAGUAUUAACGAGAAGAUCGUUUCAUUGAUUCUUCUAAAUGCUUUUGGCUUUUAAUGAUAGGAUUAGUAAAUGUAAUUGUUAUACUGUUGCUACUCACAUAGCCUGUUUUAAAAAUGGCGUUUGCAUACUUUUACAUACAUUUUUAUGAACUCGUUAGAUAGUAUGAAUGUGAAUCAUUAUCUUGAAUGCUCUUAACUUGUUAUAUUCUUGUAUACGAGGUAUAUUUAACUAUAACCAUUUCUGGAAAAUCUUAUAAAAUAUUUAAUCAAUUGCUUUAUUCUAUGUUGAUGUUUUAAGUGUUGAAGCUUUUUACUGUUACAAUUUCCAUACCAAAUCAUCUUUGAGGCAUACAGUACAGUUUGCCGGAAAUGAUUUGAAAAUUCUUGAUUUUAUCUUAAGAUUCAUCGUGUAUUACAUUUCCUAAUUCUUUAUCUCUAAUUUAAUUCAACAAUUUAUAAAUGAUUUUUUCCGAUGAUGAAUAAAUAUUUUUUUACAGAA